UACAGUGAUUUGGAUGUGAACGGAAACGUUGUGUUUUGUCUGUCUGUGGAAUAACACUUUUUGACUCUGAGAUUUUGUAAUAAAAGAAAUAGUUUUUUUUUUUUGAAAUUUUCUUACGAAAUUGGGCUUGCAAAGAUUUUCUUUACACAGCGCCAAAAAAAAAGAAAAGAAGAAAAUCUAAAACAGAGAAAAAUAAAAGAAAAUAGAAAAAAAUUUAAAAAAAUUAGAAAUUGUGAAUAAAUCGAAAGCAGCAGCAAACAGUAUUCAAAGUUACACUUAUCGUCUGGAAAUCAGGAAUAUAUUUUCGCUCUACAGAAAAGUGUUAAAAUUUGAAUUUAAACACACGCAAAAACAACUCGCCACUAAAACUACAAAUAAAAGUGCAAAAACUAACAACAAAUACAAGUGAUUUUUUUUCGAAAAAUUUCUGUGAAAAUAGAAAAAACAAACAAAUCUCUUGUUUCCCCACCCCCAUACAAAAACACAGAGUGAAUUAAAUAACAUAGAAAAUCACCAAGAAGACAAAGAAGGAUAACUGGGCAUUAUUUCACUUAUUUGGUUAAUUUCCUUUAACUUUUACUAACAAAAUGACCAUCAUCACAUAUAUAUAUGAUGGCUGGCGAGAUCUUAUGGACAACAAAUCAGAUCCCAGAACAAGAGAUUGGUUCCUGAUGAGUUCGCCCUUCCCCACAAUUGCCAUCAGUAUAACAUAUGCCUACAUAGUAAAGAUUUUGGGUCCGAAAUUAAUGGAAAACAGAAAACCAUUUGAACUACGGAAAGUUUUAAUUGUCUACAAUUUCUUCCAAGUAUUAUUUAGCAUGUUUCUAUUUUAUGAGGCUUCCAUUGGUGGUUGGUUAAACGGUUACAGUCUGAGUUGUGAACCUGUGGAUUAUUCAAAUUCGCCAAGUGCAAUUCGGACGGCGCGCGGUUGUUGGUGGUAUUUCUUUUCAAAAUUCACCGAAUUCUUCGAUACCUUCUUCUUUGUAAUGCGCAAGCGUUGGGAUCAAGUCUCCACUCUGCACGUCAUCCAUCAUGGCAUUAUGCCCGUUUCUGUAUGGUGGGGUGUUAAGUUCACCCCCGGUGGCCAUUCGACCUUCUUCGGUUUCCUCAACACCUUCGUGCAUAUCAUCAUGUACACCUACUACAUGUUGGCCGCCAUGGGUCCCAAAGUCCAAAAGUAUUUGUGGUGGAAGAAAUACCUUACCGUUUUGCAAAUGAUCCAAUUUGUCUUGGUCAUGAUUCACUCAUUCCAAUUGUUCUUCAGAAAUGAUUGCAAUUACCCAAUUGGAUUUGCCUAUUUCAUUGGAGCCCAUGCUGUUAUGUUCUACUUCCUCUUUUCGGACUUCUACAAGAAGUCUUAUUUAAAGAGAGACAAAGGAAAGUCACACAAUAAAUCAUACACAAAUGGUGCCAUCAAAACGUCCACUGCAAAUGGCAAACCUGAGAUCAAUGGCAAUACCAAAUUUGCCGAAUCCAUCGCGAAAUUGGAGGACUAUGCCAAGAGUACAUCGCCGACAGCCGAAACGACGAGACAGAGAAUAAUCGCUGCCGCUGCUGGCAACAAUUAGAAAUCAUUAAUCAAAACCAUGAACAAAUCAAACAAAAACACUGUGGUUUUCUUCUUCGUCUUCAUAAAUAAUUUAUUAAUUUUUUAAUAAAAACAAAAAAACCUCCCCCCC